GCUUUAUAUGGUCUCGUGCAUCAUUAGUUAUUUAUUAACAAGCUGUGCCACUCUAUGAUCUCUGCCUCGGCUGUCAUGCUUAUAUCCGGGUUACUUAAUUCCCUUCCAGUACGCUAUACUGCGAUUGGUUCAUUCUUAUAAUUCCUCCUGCCUUUUUCUCUCUAACUAAGAUAAUGUAUAUAAUCUGACAUUGGUACCAGAAACCUAACAGGACUGGUUACUAUGAGAAAUCAAUCAAUUCUAGGCCUGUCCAUUCUUUCUAGCCCUAACGUGUUUUUUUCAUACCAGCUGACAAAGCUUAGAGAGUUUCCUUGGUCAUUACUGCAGCUGCUGAGUGAUGAAGCAUGAUGCCAGACGACCAGACCACCCGCUCAGAUUGCUACCAUUUCCUGCAGGGGAUAAGUAUGGAUAUAGAAAGCAGACGCUGAUGCCUUUAUAAACACGGCCCCAACACCUAACUCGCUAUCUGCUCUUCGUGUGGACAUAGAGGCGCUUUUCAGCUCAUGAUCAACUGGUCGACGAGGUUGCUAUCACUUUCGCCAUGCUAAGUCGAUUGAUAUGUGUUGUUGUCAUUUGCGGGACCCUUGUUUGGGCGUCUACGGACACGAGCUACUCCUUCAAGACCGAAGGCGAAUGCUCGACGAUAUGGGGUAGUGGCGGGACAGUACCGAUGUCUCUUCCAACUUCGACAACUAUUAGCACUGUCUCGUCAGUCGUCACAAAUGAAGUAGUGACGGUUCCUUUAUCGUCCACGGUCACCGCCGACGCUUCUACGACAACGGUACUUGAGCAAACCUCUUGGACCUGGUCUGAGUCGACGGUUACUUUACCGACGACAACCCUUUGGCUUGGGGCUCAAUCGACAGUUGCCACAGCCUCGUGGCCCACUACGAUAUGUACUAACGGUGUGACCCCGUCCACCGUGACAGAGUACAGCGGUAGUUAUAUUCCUGUCUCGGGUCAAGUGACUACUGAGCCGGCUUCAUAUCCUUCGCAGGUCAUAUGCAGGACUGGGGUAACGUGGUUCACGUAUCUGCUCCCAACCGUGACGUCCGGAGUGACGACGGUGACGGUGACGCCUACGAGUACAGUAUUCGCUCCCACCACGACUAUCACAGCAACUGCCCCAUAUUACACCUUUACGAAAUUUGAAACUACGGUCACAAGCGUCACAACAACGUACCGAGUUGCCACGAGCGUCGUAACCAGCAGCAUAGCGUGUGAGGCUUCGACCACGACGACAUUCGCUGCUAAAUGCGCGCCGACGAAUGUCAUCAAGGGUAUUGGAGAGUACGGGAUAGUGUCUGGAAAAUAUGCGAAGAAUAUUACGGUUACCUAUAUUUCCGAUCAAAAGUACAAUGAUCCCGGUGUUUGCUGUCAGCUCUGCCAGGAUAACGACGGAUGUGUCGCCAUGAUGGCAGGAAUCUCGGGAUUCUGUGGGCUAUACUACGUCGGUGCCCCGAAUGGUGGUCCGGCGUGUGAUUUUGCCUUCACAUACCAAACUGAACCUGAUAGGUUCCCGGGACAAGGUCUCUGGAUACAAUCCGGGUGUGGAGAAAUUGAAUAUAGCGGGUAGGGACGGGGUAUAGAGCUGGAUGAUACGGACUCACCAGUAUGCCUUGGGUACAUCUGACGAAUAAGAGGAGCUGAACAUCUUUCUAAGGAAUAUGGUCCAAAAUGACCGGCCCUAUGGUACAUAUUUAUCGAAUGCCACCAGUGUUUUCACCGCUUUAAGUGAAGCUCACUUGAGCCCCGCGUAGUUGAUAUCCGAGCUCCAUGGCGGUUUAGUUCGGGGUGGCGGGGUUAGGAGUUACGAGGUCGAGUUUUUAAAAUAACAGCGUCCGUGGCCACUUUCCUUUAAGAAUAUUUCUUGAUCAUUGAUUUUAGCGUACCGAAACUGACACAAUUUGAUAUAUUAGAAUCAAUUGAAUUUUUCUUCGAUUCGCUCUUAUAAUCAAGGGUGUAAAGUGAGAAUGAACCUACGAGCUAGGUACAUACAUGUAUGUAAGUUUAAGUACAUUAUUAGAAGUAGGUGAGCUUAUUUUCACAUGUCACAUAAGGUAGGUGUAUUUACCCA